AUGAAAGCUGUGAGGCAGUUUUUCAACAGUACGUUGCAAGAGGUUCAAGUGGACCCGACGCACGCGACCCGCUCCACGAUGAGGGAUGUUCUUAUGGGUUGCCCGAUUGGUCUCAACUUGCACGGGCUCGGGUCUAUAGGACAAAUGGAGUCGUUCCGCAUGGCAUUGUUUCUUUCAAACAAGAUGUGUGUGCUGUCCGAGAGUGUUGAGACAUCGGAGAUGUCAAUCUGGGGUAGCGUCGUUCGGAUGCCGGCACAAUGGAAGCCAGAUCGGCGUUCGAGGCUUGCUGGAUUGGAUCGCGUGUUCUCGACUUUCCAAGAGCUCAAGGAGAAUCCUUCAAAGUUAGCCGAUUGCAGGCAGACGUCGUACAAGCUGUACAAACACAUUUUUUCUCGCGAGCAGGUGUUUUCAAAUGCACGGUGGUGGAUAAACGCCACGAUGCUGAGGAGCCCUGGCAGCUUCAUUAGGGGCGAAGUUCUGGGUUUGGUGGGGGGACUUGGGUUCGCACCCAAUUUGGGCCUGGUGACUCAAUUGCUUGCUCUGUUGGGCGCCGUCGUGUACGCUCAUGAGCACGCUAUCAAAUACAUAUCGGAGGAUACGUUGACGUUUCGUGCCAGCGGGAAGGCAAUUGAUGGCAGCUCUGCGAGAUUUGGCGACCUGUUCAACAUCACGCAUUGGAACGCGAGAGCGAUGGGAAACCAGUCCUUGCCACUGCCGUUCGUCGUGCAAGCAAAGGCCACAGAGUGGAUCUUUGCUAGCAAUGUUUCUAAGCAGGGCUAUGCUAAAUCUGAUGGACCAGAUGGGGAGGCCGUGAGGGGAGAUCGGUCGGUCUGUUGGUAUUGGGAGUCUUUGCGACCUACGGACGCGCUGUUAAAGGCGGUGGACGCGGUGCGCCCAGCAGCGGCGUAUGGAGUUCUCCAUGCGCGGAUCGAGGACGAUUUGAGGGCGCCUGGAAUUCCAUCAGAUUUCUGGAGUGCCAGGACGCCUCUGCCUGACAUGUUCAGCAAGAUAGCCAACUCCUCUCAUCCUUGCCUUUCACGUCCGAGCUCUUUCUACAUGUGCGUUGCGGCCUCGGAUGUCACAGAGCCCGAGGACGCGUCGAUACUGGACCGGCGGGUGACACCUUGGCCAAACAUGUCGCUGGAGUUGGGAGGCUCCGACGCAGUCCGUAAAGCAGGCUUGGAAGGGUCAAGGAUUCAGGGAGCACUUCUCGAUUUCGAGAUUGCGCGGGGAGCGAAGUUUUUCCUUGGAGACGAAGGCUUGUCCACGUUCACAAGGGCGAUAAUGACAUCCCGGACUUGCGCUGGUAUUCCGUGCAACAUCAAUUCCAGAGACAUGCGAGAGGCAACAUUUCGCUGA